CGCAACCUAAACCUACCUAUAGCGCUCUGUCACAAGAUUCAAAUGUGAUAUAGAGUAAUCCAAAAACGUAAUGUUUAAAUACAUAGUGUUAAUCUUCUAAAGUAAAACAUUUAGCCUGGUAAAAUAAAUGGAGCAAAAACAUUUUUUGUUGUGUUGCUGUAAAAUUAAUAUUAUUAAUUAUUUUUACGGUAGUUAGAUAAUAAACAUCAUUGUCUGUCUAAACAUCUCAUACACAUAUUGUUGUUUAUCAUUAUUAUUAAAAUGUCUGAUAAUUUAGCAAAAGUGUAUAAAUCCAAUAGAGGUGGAUUAAAAUUACAUUAUGAAGGAUUCAGUUAUUAUAAAAACAAAGUGAACAAUACUAAAUUUUACUGGUGCUGUGAUUCACGAAAACACUACAUUUAUAAAUGUUGUGCAACAUUAGUUACAGAAGUAAAUAGUGCAAAUGAUAUGAUACAUAAUGUUUUAAAAUGCAGUAAUAAGCACAAUCAUGAGCCAAAUCCACUUGAUAAAGAAAUCUCGGAUUUUAGGCAAAAAUUGAAAGAGGAUGCAAGAACCGGAUUAAAGGUAUGCCAAAUUUUGCAAAAUAAUCAAAGUGAUUGCACUCCAGAAUUUCUAGAUCAUUUACCUAGUCAAUCAGCUCUUAAGCAGGUGAUGUAUAGAGCUAGAUCAAAGGUCCCAAAAAAGAAAGAGCCCACUGAUAUUUUAUUUGAAAUAGAUGAAAGUGAAAUGCAAAUAAAUGGUCAAUGUUUUGUCAUCAAAGAUCGGAUUUACAAUAAUAAUAAGCGAAUUUUGUUACUGUCAACGAAAAACAUGAUGCAAUUAUUGCAACAAGCAGAUUUUUGGGUCCUUGAUGGUACAUUUAAGAUUGUGCCACACAUAUUUCAACAAUUAUACACCAUACAUGGUAAUUUAUCAGUAACAGGAAAUAAAACAAAAACGUUCCCUUUACUGUAUUGUUUAUGCACAAACAAAGAUAAGAAAACAUACGACAUGAUAUUUGAAUUAUUACAAGAAUACGGAGUGGAAAAUGAUUUAGAAUUUCAUCCAAAAAUAUGUAUUUUGGACUUCGAAAAGGCGGCAAUCCAAAGUUUAAAAUCUAAUUUUGAGAAUGUGAUACUACAUGGCUGCCACUUUCAUCUCGGGCAAAUAUUAUAUCGGCAAGUUCAACAAAGGGGUUUAACACAAAGAUAUGCAAGUGAUAUAAAGUUUAAAACAGAUGUAAAAUGUCUUUUGGCACUGAGUUUUUUGCCUCCGAACGAGAUUCCUAUAUAUUUUAAUAAAUUACUCGUCAGUUAUAAAGACGACGAUGAUAUUAUUUCUUUAGCCCAUUGGUUUGAAGAAAAUUAUGUUAGUGGCACUUGCAGUGCCCCCGCAAGAUAUAUUCCGGAAUUUUGGAGCUGCGAGUUGAUAAAUACAUUAAAAUUGCCACGAACUCAAAAUUCAGCGGAAGCUUGGCAUCAUCACAUUAACCAAAUAAUAGAUAAAAAAUCUCCCGGAUUUUAUCACCUUAUAAAAGAACUUAUAAAAGAGACAAUAAUAAAGGAAUCAGAGAUAGAAAAGAUGUUAUGCGGAUCACCGCCUGAAAAAAAAAGAAGAAAGUAUAUCAUUAAAGAUGAAAAAUUGAAAAAAAUAAUAGAAAUUAAAGAAAAUCUUAAUGAAAUAAAAUACUUGAAAGAAAUUUCAAAAAUAAUUUGAAUAUUGUUAUAUAUUAAUUCUGCAUUUACACAAUUACUGUUAAUUAAAUUGAAGUUAUUUAAAAUCUGUAUAAAUAAUAAUUUAGAAGAAGUUACCUCUAUUGUUAACACUUCUAGAAAAUAAAGUUAUUGUUACUUAUAUUAUUGUUACUUAAAUAAGUGUCAUUUAUUAUAAUAUAUUAAUCCUGCAUGUACGAAAUUACUGUUAAUAAAAUAGAAGUUAUU